CCCAGUUUGGUAUUAUUAUUUUCUACUCAGAAUAAACAAGAAUUGCAAAAUAUAGUAAAUAUUGACUAUUGUUAUUUAAAAAUUAUUAAAAAACAUGUCCUACAUUUAUUUGGUGCCGGUGGCCGUUUUUCUGUUAUUCCAGAUUACCUUUCUAGGAACUUAUAUUGCUGCUGUACUUCAGGGUCAUGUAGUGCCCACAGUGCCAUAUAUAAGUGAUGAUGGCACAUACUCUCCAGAAAGUUGCGUAUUUGGGCAGCUUAUAAAUAUUGGCAGUGUGCUAUUGGGCAUCACUAUUUACAUACGAUAUCGCCAAAUUCAACAACUUUAUAGUCAUCAUCCCGAUUUGGGAUCCUUACUUUUGCGUUACAAUAAGAUAGCAGUCUGGUUUGGUAUGGCUUCGUGUUUAGGUAUAAGUAUUGUUGGUAAUUUCCAAGAAACAAAUGUACGGAUUGUUCACUUCACUGGUGCGUUUUGUUGCUUUGGUUGUGGUACGGUGUACUUCUGGUUGCAAGCGUUAAUUACCUAUUUGGUAUAUCCGAUUGCGGGUUCAAAAUUAUACGCUCACAUACGACUGGGAAUGGCUAUAGCCUGCACCAUACUUUUCAUUUUGAUUGCCAUAACUGGUGUAAUGUCACAUAUUCUCUUCAAAGGCGAUAAUCCAAGGCAAUGGUAUCCCUCGGAUGGUGGUUGGUACUUCCAUGUAGUGAGUUCAAUAUCAGAAUGGAUUAUGGCUACUAUUUUCUGCUUCUAUAUCCUAUCUUUUACGGACGAGUUUCGAGAUGUUCGUCUAGAACAUCCUGAGUUGACGUUCAUCUCCUAUUCCAUAACUUUAUAAAAAUAUUUAAGUUGAGUAUACGUGCUAUGUAUAUUAAGUAUAUACUCUAGCAACAUGUUCUUACAGCGUAUAAUAGUUUUGUUCACCUAGCGGUUGUUUGUAUCACGUAAAACUAAUUGAGAUAUAUAAAGGAUUAUACAUAAGUAUAUGAAAGAUCAAGAUUAUGAGGCAAGUCGAAAUCAGACUGACUGUCUGUUUGUCCGUCCGUAUGCCGCAUAUGUGGACAACAGUUCGUUUUGCUAACGUUUUACCGAAAAUAUGUUCAUCCUGUCAGAUAUAUUAUUGAAAUUCAGGAAAAAGUUUUGAUCCUUGCAAGUUUCUUUAGUAUUAAAUGUUCGGUUAUACCCGAACUUAGCCCUUCCUUAUUUUUUUAUUUUUAUUUUUUUUUUUAUAAUGCCCGACAACGACGUGCAGUUGUUAGAUAGAUGUAUAUGUUUCCAAAGAUCUAAAAGUGCUGUGAUAGGUUUUUAUUUUUUCCUACAUUGAAUAAUUACACAGCAAAUACAAGUUAUCAAAAGUUGAAUAAUCUUUCUGCAUUGUAUUAUAUGUAAGUGCAAAUUUUUGGGUGUUUAAUGUAGUUAAAUGAAUUAAUUUUGAAAUCACAUUUGAACACUCAGUAAUUUGUAUAGCUUUUAGUCGUAAUAUAAAUAUUGCAUAUUGUUCAGAAAAUGCUAUUAUUGGCUGAAAUUUUCUAUAAAGAGUAAUGAAAUUAUAUACCUAUGAAAUUACAUUUUCAACGAAAAAGUUUAUAAUAUUAAUUUUUGUAUUGUAUUUUUUUUACAAAAUUCUUGUUAUUUCUUUUAGUGUCUAAUAAGUUUCAAUCAUAAUUGGAUUUUUCUUAUGCUCCUAUGUUGCAAUUGAUGUUCGAGUCUCGAAUCACUGCGGCAAUAUAGCAAGGCGUCAAUGUAAUGUUGCUGUACAAGUAUCAGCUGAGAAUGUUGCUGCAGUUAUUUGAUUGCUCGAACAUCCCAGACAUACAUAUUUAUGAAUAUAUACUUAUACAUACAUCUAUUAAGAUAUAUUUUUUGCAUUUACGCAAAUUUUAUUUUAUAUAUAUGUACAUAUACCAAUUAUAGACACAAUAUUAUGAAAUAAACUACUUUAUUCAACGAAGAA